AUGGGAGGUUUAACAUGGUUUCUUUUCAUCUAUUGCUUAGGUGGUCUCACAUUUCUUCCCCUCGUCGUAAUAGCCAUAUUACUUCACGCAUACUUUACCUUUCCAGAUCGCGACGACACCGAUUCACGAAAUGAUUACGAUCCAAUAUCUCGACCUGGUGAUGAUGUCGAUGCUAUUAAAUCCGCACAGAAAUCCCUGGGCGAGAAGUUUCAACUUCACAACAACCAUGAAGCGGACGUAGCUGCUGGGUAUUUCGCAAUCUGUAGGGAAUACUCACCAGGCGGAGUGAAUGGGAAGCCGCCAGAACGAACAACACCCACUGGAUCAACUACAGUCUCUGCGCCCAGUCCUAGCGUUUAUCAGAGCAUGUAUAGAAGCUUGUUUGAGAGGAAGACAAACAAUGGCCCAUUAGAUAAUAAGACAGCGGGGAAACCACAGAAAAAAGGCGGCAAUGUAUUUUACGUGGUCCUAAGGCAUGGUCAUCUAAUGCUAUUUGAUGAUGAUGAGCAGCUCGAAGUUCGUUACGUAGUGUCUUUGGCACAUCACGACGUUAGCAUAUACUCGGGACUGAAUGAUAUUACACCAGAAGGAGAAUUGUUCAUUAAAAGGAAUGCCAUUUGCUUGUCAAGGAAGCAGGGUGUGGGAGAGAUGACUGCUGAUGGCAAGCCAUCUCAACCCUUCUAUUUGUUUUCUGAUAAUUGUUCUGAUAAGGAAGAUUUCUAUUUCGCACUUCUACGAAACCAAGAGUCGGACUCGACCCCAAAACCACCGGUUCCCUUGCAGUAUGAUGUGAAGGAUAUCAUCACUCUUGUCCAAAGGCUACAUUCAUCCGAAGAACACCUGCAGACAAGAUGGAUAAAUGCUCUAGUUGGCCGGAUAUUUCUUGCGCUUUACAAAACACCAGAAGUUGAGGAUUUCGUUCGCGCAAAGAUCACCAAGAAGAUAUCAAGAGUCAAAACUCCCAACUUUUUAAGGCAAAUCACUCUUCGCAACGUGGAUAUGGGAGAGGCAGCACCAGUGAUCACAAACCCACGUUUGAAGGAUUUAACCGUAGAUGGACAGCUUAUCGUAGAGGCUGAUGUUCGCUAUACAGGUAACUUUCGACUCGAAGUUGCCGCCAUAGCUCGUCUUGAGCUCGGCGCCCGCUUCAAAGCUCGAGAAGUAGAUUUACUGUUAGCCGUUGUCUUGAAGAAGAUUGAGGGCCAUAUACUUCUCCGAAUUAAGCCGCCUCCCUCGAAUAGGCUAUGGAUUACAUUUGAAACCAUGCCAAAGAUAGACAUGACAAUAGAGCCCAUUGUAAGCUCACGACAGAUUACAUACACAUUGAUUCUUCGCCAGAUCGAAAAUAGGAUCAAGGAAGUCAUCGCUGAGAGUUUAGUCUUCCCCAACUGGGAUGACUCGCCAUUUGCCAGUACUGUAGACAAGCUGUGGAGAGGUGGCAUCUGGGCAGAUGACCGACGCGCCGAACGCUCUCAUGAUGCUGAAACUCUUGCCGCUGAGGAUGGAGACGUGGAAGAGGUAGAGAUUCUAGAAGCUGAGAAUGACGAAUCUACAACACCUGCGCUACAAAUAGAAAAGAGCUAUAGUGCUCCUGUUCUUGAUACCAACCUUUCUAAUACGGUGCAUUCACGCAAAGGCAUGAAAUCUACUUCGAAUCUCGUCAGCCCAUUGUCUGGUAGCUCUUCUACAGGGGUUGAUGUGCGACCUUCGACGGGCGACAAACCACGAGCCCUUCGUUCGGGAUCCUUUGCUAACGCCUCUUCUCCAGUGGUCACUACUGAUAUAACUAACGCGGACGCAUUCAAACCUUCGAGCCCUCCCAAUGGAGAUCACGCGGCAAUCUCUAUGGCUAAAUUGUCCGCAAAGACAGAACUCCCUGCACAAAUUCUCUCUGAGUCUCCCAGUCGACCAAAAAAUGUUAAACUCAGCAGCAGCCAAUCCUCAUCAUCUUCGAGAGGCUCUUCACAUUCGGAGAAAGCUUCUAUGAGCAACUCAAUACCGCAAGCUUCUUUGGAGCCAUCAUUGUUCAAUGAUAAAUCCAGUAUAAAUUCUUACCCCUCGAGUCCUGCGAGUUUAAGUACUGCAUCAAUAAAGUCAGAAUUUUCGACUCCUACGGGUUUGGGUCCUCCAAAACGUGAGAAUACCACAUCUACAGCGAAAUCCUCAACGCCGGAAACCAAACGUUUGUCUCUUGCCGCCGUUACCAACGCAGCGGCAACAGCCAAAACCUGGGGUUGGAACGCUCUCCAACGACGUAAUGAGCAUAGGGGAGGCAAUUCAUCAGAGUCAACAGAACCAGCCCAGCCGCGCGUCAUGGGCCGUGGACAACCGCUACCUCCUCCUGGAGUUCCUUUACCUCUACCAGACAAAAAGACAAAAACGGCCCCUAUCCCCGUGCCUAAGCGGAAGCCAAUGCCUCCUCCUGUUUUGCAACAAAGGAACCAAACAGAAUCACCUACCAGACGACAGCAUCACACUGCUCCACCACCUCCUUUGCCCAGACGUAAUUCGCGAAAGAAUGUUGAUACUGGAGAUGAUGGUCUCCUAGUUGUGUCGGCACCAUCAGAACCAACGACGCCAGUAACUGAAGAUUCACCUCAAUAUAUGCAGCCAUGGGUAGAUGAUGUGGACGAGACGCUGGAAGAACACCAGCAAACCAAGACUGAUGUUCCCUCGCCCGCUCCUUCUAUUGCUCAUGAGCCACCCCAACUUCCAAAGAGGCGAUACCCACGUCGAGUCGCCUCAACUAGCCCUGAGGAAGAUGGACACAAGUUACCCUCGUGGAUGGCAGCACAGGAGCGAGAAGCUCGGACUAAAAGCACUUUUGUUGAUGAAGAUGCAGGUCUUUGA